CCUCUCCGCACAUUCUCUCUCUCUCUCUCUCUCUUUGCGGGGAAGAAGAAGCGAGCUCGCUCUGCACUGAUCGACCUUCGUCCCGUCGCGUUCCUUCCCCUCCCUCUCGACGGUCGAUGGCGGACGAGGAUGUCGUGGCGAUCUCGCCGCCGUCGGAUCACAAGCGGAAGCUCGACGACGUGGACGCCGACCAAACCCUAGCUCCCGCCGAGGCUCCCGACGCCGACGCCGCCGCCGCCGACGCCGACGCCGACGGCUACGCGGCCGACGGAUACGCGGCCGCGGCGGGUUCCGAUUCUCCGGACGUGAAGCGUCCCCGCCUCGACGGCGACCCCGAGGUUUCAGAAACGGCCAAUGGAAAUGGGUACCCACAUGAGAAGGGAGACGAGCCUGUAGAGGAAAAUGGUAUAGUGACAACUUUGGAUGGUAGUGAGGUUGAGGAGGCUCAGCUUCAGUCAAACGUGAGCGAAGGAAUAGUGGACAAUGAAAAGACGUCCGUGGAAAAUCAUGGUGCGGGAGAUCUUGACGAUGCCCGUGGAACUUCCGAGGAAGAAGUUGUGCCGAUAGUGGAUGUUAAUGAACAGGAUGUCCCUUCCCAAGAGCAGCAGGCAUCUGAUGAUGGUCAUACUUUGACACACAAAAUUGAGGUUCCUAACAGUAAGGUUGGUGUUCUUAUUGGUAAGAAUGGAGAUACCAUACGCUACCUGCAAUACAAUUCAGGGGUGAAAAUUCAGAUCGUGAGAGAUGCUGAAGCUGAUAUGUCAUCUACAACAAGACCUGUGGAAUUAACAGGAACGAAGGAGAACAUUAGCAAGGCUGAGAAGCUUAUUAAGGAUGUCAUAGCAGAGGCUGAUGCUGGUGGUUCCCCUUCCCUUGUAGCCAAAGGCAUUGCAAGUGCACACAUUCCUGGGUCUGCAGAACAAAUUGAACUAAAAGUGCCAAAUGAGAAGGUUGGUAUACUAAUAGGUAGAGGUGGAGAUACAAUCAAAAGUCUGCAGACAAGAUCAGGGGCCCGCAUACAGUUGAUACCUCAGCAUCUUCCUGAGGGAGAUGAUUCCAAGGAAAGAGUUGUCCGACUUACUGGUGAUAGGAGGCAAAUUGAUGUUGCCACACAGAUGAUAAAAGAAGUUAUUAAACAGACUCCUAGACAUUCAUCUCUGUCUGGUGGGUUUAGCCAGCAGGCUCAUCGAUCGCGUGGGUCGGGUGGUCCACAGUGGGGUCCACGUGCUCCUUAUUCUUCCCAACAAGUGCAAUAUGAUUACCAACAAAGAGGACCAUAUCAGUAUCAGAAUCCACAGUAUUCUUCUACACCCUAUGGGGGUUAUCCUUCUCCAAGGAGUGGCUUUGGCCCUGGUUGGGAGCAAAGGGCACCUCCUCGUGGUGGAAGCUAUGACUUUUUUGGUGGACAUGGAGGACAUCCAGCAAGUAUGCCUCCUCACUCAGGAUCCAUUUCUGGACAUUUUUCUGGCCAAUCUGGCCCACCGCAGUCAUUAGCAGGUUACAAUUAUGGGCAGCCAAGAGGUGCAAAUUAUGGGCAUCCGGGUCCUUAUUCUCAGGCAGGGAACCCUCAGCAGAAUUACGGGCAUGGAUAUGAGGAAACUAAGUAUGAAAAUGCUGCAGUGCACCCCUCAUAUGGAGGUCAAAACUCAGGGCCGGUUUACUCUCAGACUGCUGCUGCUGCUGCUUCCCAAACCGGUUAUGCACAACAAUAUGGGUCCAGUCAGCCAAUCCAACAGUAUGGUUCAAGUGUGCCAUCCCAGCAGGCAUUUCAAUAUCCCGCAGGUGGGUCUGUGCAGCAGACAUAUCCUACAUAUGCCUCCGCACCUACCACAGAUGGAAGUCAGCCUGGUGCUGUCUAUCCACAGCAAGUACAAGCCGCACCUGCUUAUGGUCAGACUGCUACUACUGGGGCAUAUGGAUCAUACCCUGAGCAGCCAGCCACAGCCAAUCUUGGAUAUGGAUAUCAAGCAUCACAAGAUGCUGGCUAUGGUGGUGGUGCAGGUGCUACCUAUGCUGCCGCUCCUGGCAGUCAGACUCAGCCGGGCUACGGUCAACAGCCAAAUGCCCAACUGGGCUAUGACCAAUCAGUUGCGCAGUCGGGCGGCUAUGGUAGUGUUCCUGUGAGUGCUCAAGCCAGUUAUCCUCAAUAUGAUUCUUCUCAGGUCUAUGGUGCUCGCUGAUUACUGUUUUCUUCUCGUCUUUCGACAAUUGUAUGUGAUGUCUAGCGUUUUAGUCAUAGAAAAGUUAAUAUUGGUAAUUUCUUCUUUCUGGGUGGACCAACUUGAUCAAGCUUAACUUAAGAUGUUCUUGUGCAACUAUGUUGUCUUGAUUUAGGCGUAGCGCUCUCUUUUGCUUUUGGAAAUCUCUCAGCACUGAUUAUGAGGUGACACAACUGCGUGAUCACAUGGAAAUUUAAUUAGCUUUAUUAUGUAGCUAUCAAGCAUUGAGUAGUUCAAUUAUUUUUGGUCGUGUGAAACGGGAA